GUAAGUUGUAAGUGUGAGUACCGUUCGUAUAAAACAAAAAGUUUGUUGAGUUUUGUUUUCAUGGUCUUUGUUUUUGUUUCAAUUUACAUAUAGUAGGAAAAGGGAGUGUAAAAGGACAAAUGUAAUAAUUUUAUUUGAUUUAAGUCGAUGAAAAGUAAAAGCACCUCUCGUAUAAAAUGAAGUUAGCAAAAAUAAAUAUAAAAGAUACAUAAGUGAAUGAAGAACAAUAAUUAAUGUAAUACUUUAUUAAUAUAAUAUCAAGUCAAUCGAAUUAAAAAAUGAAGAAAAUUUUUGUUAAUUGGUUUAACAACUUGAGCAAUCGUAGCCUUGUGAUUACCAUAUUGAUUUGCAUAUCCUUAAUAUACGUAUCGUACACAUUUAACUCAUGCUUAAUUACGAGUCUCGGACGCACCUUAAAGAAUAAUCCUUUUAGAAAUAUUUUUAAAUCAUCAAUGUUACAUGUCCAAAUCGCAAAUGUAGCAAAUAUGACUGUAAAGGAUGAUAUAAAUGUAACAAGAACAAAGACGUUAUAUGGAAUGCCACUAGAUUCAUUGUUGAACAAAUCAGCAACUCGUAUUUUGGAUGGUUCACCAAAGUAUCGACUCUUACGACAGCAGGGUUCUAGACCAUUGCGCCAUUUACCAGACACUUUAAUUAUAGGUGUUAAAAAAUCCGGAACCCGAGCUCUACUGGAAUUCAUACGACUGUAUCCCGAUGUUCGUGCUGCUGGCUGCGAAGUACAUUUCUUUGAUCGCCAUUAUCAGAAAGGUUUGCACUGGUAUCGGCAUCACAUGCCAUACACGAUCGAAGGCCAAAUAACAAUGGAGAAAACGCCCAGUUACUUUGUUACCAAAGAAGUGCCCUUAAGAGUCCAUCAUAUGAAUGCAAACACUAAACUUCUGGUAGUUGUUCGAGAUCCCGUUACUAGAGCUAUAUCCGAUUAUACACAAGCAGCAAGUAAAAAAACAGAUAUGAAACGUUUUGAAGAGCUGGCCUUCGUAAACGGAAGUUAUGCAGUGGUCGACACUAACUGGGGACCUGUGAAAAUUGGAGUUUACGCCCGAUAUUUAGAAAAAUGGUUGCAGUUUUUUCAACUCUCACAAUUACUCUUCAUCAGCGGUGAACGUUUGAUUAUGGAUCCAGCUUAUGAAAUAGGAAGAGUCCAAGAUUUUUUGGGAUUGAAAAGAGUAGUGACCGAAAAGCAUUUUUAUUUUAAUUCAACUAAAGGAUUUCCCUGUCUUUUUAAAUCAGAAGCACGUUCAACGCCACAUUGUUUGGGCAAAACUAAAGGGCGCAAUCACCCUCACAUUGAAACAGCGGCGAUUGAAAGACUGAGAGAUUUUUAUCGACCAUUUAAUAAUAAAUUUUAUGAGAUGACAGGAAUUAAUUUUGCUUGGCCCUAGAUAUAAAACGACGAGAGCUAGAUAAAAAUAUACAAAAAGACUUACGGUUGUAACAUCUUCGUUAAUAACAGAUGUGUUGUGGAUAAAAAAAUAUGCACAAGCUUGGAAUUUAUAAAAUUUCCAAAUGAACAUGAAAAGCAUUUAUGUAACUUCUUACUCCGAUAUUUAAAGGAGACAUAAACCGUAAAAUUAAAUAAAUAUUUUAUAACUAUAAUAUACUAUUUAUUACACUCAAUGGAGAAAGAUGUAUACAUACAUAUUAAACAAUUUUGUAGACUUUCUUAGAUGUUUUUAUUAUUUGUUAAACUAUUUACGUAUAAAAGUAGCUUUAUCAUAAUAAUUAGGAAAAAAUAUAGUUCCUUUGAUAACUAAGGAAAGAUUAAUUUAAUAAAGUAUCGAAACAGUAAUACCAUAUUUCAACUACUAAAGAUGUUCUUUCAUUCUCUUAUUGAAACGCGAAAGCGAGUAAUAUUUUUUUUGAGAGUGCAAAUAGAAUUAUUCAAGUUAAUUUGAUAGUUGCUCGCUUAUCAUUAUGUAAGACCUUUACUCAUUAAGAUGUAAGAUCCAGUUACAUACAUACUUUCAAAUUGUGACUAUUAGCUAAGUCUAAAUUUUAAUAAAUAUUUUAAGUCCUACAAGUUAUCCACCUUAAAGAUCUACUUAUUAACAAAACAUAACAAGGUGUGUAAGAAAGCGUAAUCGCAAUGUAGUUGUCUAAAUUAAUUUAAAUAUUUUUAGCAAAUUUUUUAAAACAUACUUGCCUAAACGAUUUUGAUUAUCGGUUAUAUGAUUUUAUCAUGUUCUGUCUAGAAUAGAAAAAAAUAAGCAAUAUAUACUCAUAUCGAUAAAAGCUAGCUACCAUUUUAUUAUAUGAUUUAUUGAACAUUAAUUAAUUACAUUUUGCAUAUUGCAAAAAUAUUAUCAUAAUAAUUAACACAUAUUUAUAAACAUUUAAAUAAAAAUCUUAUUAAAUUUUGUACAAUAGAAAUAGUUGUUUCAUUUACCUUAAACAUAAAUGACCCAAAAAUUAAAAUCAAUUUAUAAAACCGAUUCCAUGUACAAACAGCAUCAUAAAACUGUCAAUUAUAAUUUAUAUUUCUGUUCAAUCAGGGUGAUGCGUGUGUGCAUAAAAACAAAAAAUGUACCUUUCAUUCAUAGAACGAGAAAGUCUAAAAAUAUUUUCGUACAUACGUUCCAUAUUGAAAAAAAUCCACAAUUUUUUCCUGAAAAAAUACUAUUGAAAGUACUGAUUUUUAAGGUUUAAAGGCGUUGAAAAUAUUAUAUUUUUCCUUAUUACGAGAAUCACUAUUUAUUGACGUC